GCAUGGAGUAUUUCAACUUAUGAGUGGGUGGGCCGACGGGCCGGAGUAUGCAACCCAAUGUCCGAUCCGGCCCGGACUUAGCUACACGUACAAAUUCACCAUAACCCGACAAGAGGGAACUCUUUGGUGGCAUGCACACAGUCAAUGGCUUCGGGCUACGGUUUAUGGAGCCAUAAUCAUCCGACCCAAGUCCGGAAGAUCCUACCCAUUCCCAAAACCCGAUGGAGAAAUUCCAAUCGUUCUUGGGGAAUGGUGGAAUUCUAAUAUUAUUGACGUGGAGAACCAAGCCUUAGCCACAGGUGGCACACCUAAUAUUUCAGAUGCUUUCACGGUCAACGGUCAACCCGGAGACCUCUACGCAUGCUCUUCGAAUAAUACAUUCAACUUACAAGUGAUUCGAGGAAAAACCUAUCUCCUCCGAAUAGUCAACGCUGCAUUGAACAACCACCUGUUUUUCAAGAUCGCGAGUCACAAAAUGACUGUCGUGGGUGUCGACGCCUCCUACACCACCAAAUACACGACCGACCUCGUCGUGGUGGCUCCGGGCCAAACAACCGACGUCCUCCUCAGAGCCGACCAAAGCCCAGCCCGUUACUACAUGGCGGCUCGUCCCUACAUAAGCGCGGUUGACGGAGGCACGUUCAACAACGGCACAACAACCGGAAUCAUAGUCUACGAGGGAUCAUCAAAAUCAUCGAGGCCCGUCAUGCCCGUCCUUCCAGCCUUCAACGACACGCCCACGGCCCAUAAAUUUUUCACCGACUUAACCGGGCUUCCGACUGGCCCAUUCUGGGUCCCAGUUCCCCUCAUGGUCGACGAGCAUAUGUUUGUGACCGUGGGCGCGGGCCUUACACCUUGCGACUUGCCCGGUAAUGCAACUUGCCAAGGCCCAUUCGGGCUUAAACAAGCCUUUAGCAUGAACAACGAGUCUUUCCGAUUUCCAACCGAGAUAUCGAUGCUCGAGGCUUUUUUUAAAAACACGACCGGUGGUGUGUACACUACGGACUUCCCGGACAUUCCACCGUUGGAAUUCGACUACACGAACGCGAACAACACCAACAACAUCGCGCUUUUGAUGACGACUAAAUCGACAAAGGUGAAGAAAGUGAGAUUUAAUUCAGCGGUCGAGAUGGUGUUGCAAAACACGGCUCUCCUCGGAAUCGAGAAUCACCCUAUGCACUUGCAUGGGUUCAAUUUCUAUGUGUUGGCUCAAGGAUUUGGAAAUUAUAAUGCCAAUGUUGAUCGUAAGAAGUUCAAUUUCCAUAACCCGCAAGAACGUAACACCAUAGCCGUCCCGGCGGGAGGAUGGGCCGUUAUUAGAUUCCGAGCAAAUAAUCCAGGUGUGUGGUUGGUGCAUUGUCAUUUUGACGAACACUUGCCGUCUGGUUUAGCGAUGGCUUUCGUGGUGGAGAAUGGGCCGACUCCGGAGACUAGGCUGCCGGCACCGCCGCCGGAUUUUCCCAAAUGCUAA